CGGGCUGCGUAGCAAUGGAGUCAAGGUGGGAGUUGAGGUUCUGGGAAGCUUCAGAGGCCUGAAAAGAGAUUUCGACAGUGACUUUAAACUCAUAGCUCAGCACAGGAAGCAUCUGAUUAAUGAAUGAUUUACCCAUUUAGGACCAGCUUUGAUCCUGUGAAUAAUCUUGUGAACUGAUUUGUCUGUUUGUAGCUGAGACUUGACACCAUCAGCUUUUCCUCUCCUACCAUUUUAACAGCCCGCAGCUCACCGGGUCUGACUUCAUUAUGCUGCGACGAAAGCCAACUCGCCUGGAGCUCAAGCUCGAUGACAUUGAGGAGUUCGAGAACAUUCGAAAGGACCUGGAGGCCCGUAAGAAACAGAAGGAAGAUGUGGAAGGUGUAGGAACUAGCGAUGGAGAAGGAGCUGCUGGGCUCAGCAGUGACCCCAAGAGCCGGGAACAAAUGAUUAAUGAUCGAAUUGGUUAUAAACCCCAACUUAAGACCAACAACCGCACAUCUCAGUUUGGAAAUUUUGAAUUUUAGAGAUGGAUUCUCUGACAUGCCAGACCCCGGGGACGGAAUACAAUGAUGACAGAAGUACAAACCAGAUUUAGAGAAUUAAGUGUGUGCAACCAAGCAGCAUGUUUUCUGUCUCCUGCAGGGAGAGAUAACUUCUGCAUGAAAUUAUUGCUGUUCAACCUUUCUGAUAGGCUGGAAGCCAAAUUCUGGCUUGUUCCUGGAAAAUUGGACUGCAGAAAGCUUACCUGAUUUUUUUUUUUUAAAUAAAUAUAUUUUUGGAAAAAAGGUGAGAUGUCCUUAAAGGUUGUAGCCCUGCUAAUCCUUAGCUCUGACAGGUAACCGCUACAAGUGACGCCAUUCUCCUUGUCUUUCCAAAAAGACUCCAGACCCAGAACACUUGCAGUUGAUCCACUGGACUUUGGCUUGUUUAGUCAGUGUCUGGUGACUGCCGACCAUCCCGGAAGCAGCAGCAAUCCCAGAUGCAUGUGCUCGGGCUGCAGCCCAGCACUUGGGAUGCUGAAGUAGGAAUCUCGAGAGUUGGAAGCUACUCUGAGCUACAGAGCAAAACCGUUUCAGAAUGUCAAAAAAAAGCCAAAAGAAACCAAGAUAAAGAUCCCUGGUGGAGACUGGAUUCUAAUGACCAAAUUGUCAUAAUCAGAUCCACUUACAGGAAGGCUUUACACAGGGGGAAACACAGCAGCUCUACCAGUGAGCGAUAUUCUGUUCUUCACUUGGGACUCUUAAGAAUGUUUGCACAGGACCCAUCUGAGAGCUGCUCUGGAUAGUUUUGCACCAUGCCCUAUUUUUACCAUAAAAUUCAGGGACGGAACCACCAGCUGUGGAAGCCAGAACAUCUGGAAUCAAGUUUCAAAGAAACUCCUUAGCUGGGAUUUACCCAGGAUUUUGGAUAGUUUGUGAGUGAUGUGAAUGGGAAGGUAGAGACAGAGGGUGAUGUGUAGUCCCCUCUUCCUGCUCCAAGCUUUUCUACAAAACCUUUAUUCCAGUUUUAUUGAUAACCCCUAAGUCCUGUUAUCUUCCUGUCUUAGAAAACAAUAAAACCCCCAAGACACAGGCUGUA